GCGCCCGGCUGCCCGCCUCUGCGGCCCGGCCCGCCCCGCCUGUGGCCGCCCUCCCGGCCAGGCGCCGCCCGGGCCUCCGGAGACUCUGUGCCCCGCGGCCAUCACGCUCCGGCCUCGGGGCUACAAGGACACCCGUGCCUGGCCCCAGUCAGGGCCUUCUGCUCCCCAGCUACCCUUCGCGCCCCUUGUGGGGCAGGAGCUCCUGGAGUGGCAGCCCCUAUAGAAGCGAUGACAGAAUACAAGCUUGUGGUGGUGGGCGCUGGAGGCGUGGGAAAGAGUGCCCUGACCAUCCAACUGAUCCAGAACCAUUUCGUGGACGAGUAUGACCCCACCAUAGAGGACUCCUAUCGGAAGCAGGUGGUCAUUGAUGGGGAGACGUGUCUGCUGGACAUCUUAGACACAGCAGGUCAAGAGGAGUAUAGUGCCAUGCGGGACCAGUAUAUGCGCACAGGGGAGGGCUUCCUCUGUGUGUUUGCCAUCAACAAUACCAAGUCCUUUGAAGACAUCCAUCAGUACCGGGAGCAGAUCAAACGGGUGAAGGACUCAGACGAUGUGCCAAUGGUGCUUGUGGGGAACAAGUGUGACCUGGCUGCUCGUACUGUCGAGUCUCGGCAGGCCCAGGACCUUGCCCGCAGCUACAGCAUCCCCUACAUUGAGACAUCAGCUAAGACCCGGCAGGGUGUGGAGGAUGCCUUCUAUACACUAGUACGUGAGAUCCGGCAGCAUAAACUGCGGAAGCUGAACCCUCCCGAUGAGAGUGGCCCCGGCUGCAUGAGCUGCAAGUGUGUGCUGUCCUGACGCCAGGCUCAGGACGUGGAGGUGCCGGAUGCAGGGAGGAGGUGCAGACGGAAGGAAGGAAAGAGGAGGGAAGGAAGGAAGGAAGCGAUGCUGGAGCCAGUCCAGUCCAGGGAUGGUGGACAGAGAUGACCAAGACCUUCGCAUGGACAAUUUGAACUGACUGUCAUGAACUGUCCCUAUUGCCACUGGCACCCCAGCCCUCAACCCCUUUCAGUUCCCUCCGGGUGCCUAUGGGGCACAGGUUGAAUCACAGUAAAUUAUUUGAUGGUCUUGA